UCAGAUUCCACAGCGAAACAGAGAGGCCUGAGAAUCUCAGAGGAACGUAUUUUCCUUGACGGUUCACCAGAGAGCCCACUCGAGACCAUCACGGUUCAGCUAGGCAACGUCGAGUCCAAAUUCGCGAGCGCCUUAUCUGAGACUGGAGACGUCAAAGUUGAAGGAAGAGUUAAAGAUGGGGUCCCCCAUUUGACAAAAGUGGGGUGUUUUGACGUAGAUGUGAGUCUUGAAGGAAAUAUAAUAUUGUGUAGGCAGGUAGAUGUAGAUCAGCCUGGCAUGAUAGGAACUGUUGGAAACAUCUUGGGAGAAUCGAAUGUUAAUGUCAGUUUCAUGAGUGUUGGGAGAAUCGCGCCGAGGAAGCAAGCGGUUAUGGCGAUUGGUGUUGAUGAAAUGCCGAGCAAAGAGACUUUGAAGAAAAUUGGAGAGAUUCCGGCCGUUGAGGACUCGAUGAAAGAAUGGCUUUUGCUUUAUUUCUUUUGGUGUUUUCUACAGUUUUGAUAGUGUCAACGUAGCUUAGUAAUAAGAGAGAGUGAGAUGAAAAAAUAAGGUCUGCCUCAGAAUUUGACCUUUGAGGCUGUUCAUGUUUCAACUUCUGUUUUAUUAUUUUUUUUUGGUAGGAACUUAUGUUUUAU